AAGUUAAGGAUUCGGAAGAAAAAGGAAUGGCUGUUGCCAGUAACUGCAUUUCCCUGUCUUCCGUUUUCUCAUGCCCAUAUGAAAACGAAGUGCUCUUGAUAAGAAAGAAACCCACUUGCAAAUUCUUGCUUUCCAAGAAUUUCUUCAAAAUGGGCAGGAUCAAUUGUAAGCUAUCAGAUAGUGGAAUCCAAAAAAAACCCGCUACAAAAGAUGUGUCAUUGAGCUCAAGGAACAGGAUGGAAGACUACAAUAUAGCCAUGAAAAGGAUGAUGAGGAACCCAUAUGAGUACCACCAUGAUCUUGGUAUGAACUACACACUGAUAACCAAUAGUUUGAUCGUGGGCUCCCAGCCUCAGAAACCUGAAGACAUCGAUCAUCUGAAACAUGAAGAGAAUGUGGCGUACAUUCUAAAUUUGCAGCAGGACAAGGACAUUGAAUAUUGGGGUAUUGACUUGCAGGCUAUAAUAAAAAGAUGUCAAGAACUUGGAAUUCGUCAUAUGAGGCGGCCUGCCAAAGAUUUUGAUCCAGAUUCCUUGAGAAGUAUGUUACCUAAGGCUGUUUCAUCAUUGGAGUGGGCCAUUUCUGAGGGGAAAGGCAGAGUGUAUGUGCACUGUACUGCUGGACUGGGAAGGGCCCCUGCUGUUGCAAUUGCUUACUUGUUCUGGUUUCAGGGCAUGAAUCUGAACACAGCAUAUGAUAAACUAACUUCAAAGCGACCUUGUGGACCCAAUAAGAGAUCAAUACGAGGAGCAACAUAUGAUCUUGCCAAGAAUGAUCCGUGGAAGGAGCCAUUUGAUAAUCUCCCAGAACAUGCUUUUGAAGAUAUAGCAGAUUGGGAGAGGAACUUGAUUCAUGCGCGUGUUCAUUCUCUUCGUGGAACUUGAACAUUUAGGAGAUUAUCAGCUACAAACAUGACAAAGCUGCUAUGGGAGCAACAUUCUAGAGUGGGGCUUUUGCAAUGAGAACAGCUUGGGAAGCAAUAUCAUAUAUUUACAAUAAACUCUUUAAAGAGUCCUUCAAGGAACCUAUCACAUAAUUAUUUGGUACAACAUUUGUAUGCACAAUGAAUUCACUCUCACCGUUAAUCAUGGUGAAUCUCAUGACAGUCAAAAUAAAACCUUUAACGUACAACAGUUGUAAUGAAAGUGAUACAUACAUGCAUGCACUACAGAGGCGUAAUAAAUGUGGCACCAAGAUGUGCAAUCCAACA